AGCCGCUGCAUCCCUCAGCCAGACCACCAGCAGGGUCACCAGCAGGGCCACCAGCAGCCAGGACGGCACCAUCGUCACUGCUGGUGAGUGACACCGAAACAGGGGCGAAGGUCGGGGUGACGGUGUGACGUUGUUGUCAUGUGGUGUCACCACGUGCUUCCCGGUGCCAUUGUGCCACCGUGUGUGUCCCGGUGGCGUUGUCCCCUCCACGCGUGUCCCGGUGCCAUCCUCACACCAUGCAUGUGUCCUGGAAGCUCCAUCCCUCCCUCCCUCCCCUUAAUCCCUGUGCUUUCUGCAUCAACCCCACCCCCACGCUGGGAUCCAGUUCGACCAGUCGUGCAGGAGCUGGGUGUGACAGCGCUGUGUGCACCAAUGCAGCAGGAACACGCGUGCACACGCGUGCAUGUAGGCACCUGCGCGUGUGCAUGUGUGCAAACGUGCACCCCAUGCCUGCACACGAGCUCACACAUGCAAACCUCCCUUUCACAGACACCCAUGUGCAGGCACGCACAGUGCACAUACGUUGCACACAUACGUGUGCACCCACUGCACACACACGGCACGCACAUGUGCACAUUUUGCCCCCCCCCCCCCGAGCACACAGGGCACAGCGCCCACGUGACACCGCGGGGUGGGACAAAGUCCAUAGGGCACCAUGCUCUGCUCUGCUGCUGCUGCUACUGCUGCUGCUGUCCUCCUGCUGCUGGCGGUGCUCAGCGCCCGCACCCAAGCAGUUUUCAUCUUCCUGCCCCAUUCCAGUCUCACCUCCAGCCCUCCUCCCACGCCACAUCUCCUCGUUGAUCCCAAUCCUACAAUCCCUGGAGGUCGAUGACACCCUGGACAUCCCAUCCCUGGUGCGGGCGCUGGGGGGCUGCGGGACCCCCGUGUGCCACACACUGCUUGGAGACCCCCCUCCCACCCCAAAGCCCAUCCCCGAGCUCUGGACGCUGCUCGCCCACCUCCUCCACCCCAACACCACCGCAGAGCACGGCCUGGUGUUGGCACCCGAUGGUUCCACCGUUGCGUUGGCACCGCUCUUCGCCGGCAUCGAAGUGGGGCUGAAGAGGGCAGCGGGGUGGCCCGGCCCCAUUGAUCAACCCAACUGGGCUGCUCUGGAUGCUCUCUAUGCCGUCACCAUCGCCGAAGCUCUUGGGACAUCCUUCCUCAUGGCACGGGUCAACGGGACGGCAGCCCUGGGACCCGAUGGCUGUUGGGAUGACGUGGACAACCCACAAAACUUCACCCCAUUGGGUCCCCCGUCGCUCGUCCCUGACGUUGUUGCCAACGGGGCGAUGGAUGGGGUGCUGUUGGGCACGCGCUUGGCUGAAGAACCCAUCCCACUCUCCGUCCUAUUCCGGAGAUAUUAUGGUGUGGAGAAUGGGAUCAUAAGAGGGUGGCCUCACAGCAGCCGCCGGCGUCAGGAUUUCGGGGCGCUGACGGCAGUGGGAAAGUUGGAGGAGGAGGUGGUGGCGAUGCUGAGGGUACUGAGGGGGCUGUCACCCACCUGUGAGCUCCUGGAGGAAUUUGGGGAGGAGGAGGAGGCGGGCAUCGCUCAUCGGGCAGCACGGGAGUUCAUGGAGGUCUAUGUUGAGUGCCCAGCCAUCAUCCCCCGCUGCAUGUGGGGUGCCCGUCCCUACCGGGGCACCCCCAGCCCCUUGUCCCCACCUUUGGGUUCCAUCUACAUCCACCACACCUUCGUGCCCAGCGCCCCAUGCCGCUCCUUCGCCGCCUGUGCCCGCGACAUGCGCUCCAUGCAGCUCUUCCACCAGGACACCCGUGGCUGGGAUGACAUCGGCUACAGUGAGGAUUGGCCCCAUGGGUGCUGGUCUGCGUGGGUGCUGCGAAGGUUGGAUCCCGGUCUGCAUGGAUCGUGGUCUGAUGGGGGUCAGACGGACACCGUAAGAACUCGAUCCCAAUGAUUCCAAUCUGCGUGGAGCCUGGCCCAUGGGGAUGCCAACCCAAUGAAGUCAGACCACGUGGAUCCCAGGCUGUGUGGACAACAACCCAAUGGAUAUCAGACCAGACGGACCCUGGUCCAUAAAGACCCCAACCCAAUGAAUUCCAGAUCAGAAAUUCCCCAGUCCGCAUGGAGCCCAACUCAGUGGAUGUCAGAACAGAUGGACUCUGCUCCAUAUGGACUCCAACCCAAUGAAUUCCAGACCGGAAGGAUCCCAGUCCACAUGGACCCCAACCCAAGGAUGCCAGACCAGGACACUGGUCUCCAGAAUGGUGUGGACCAGUCCUGGCUUGCUCCCAACAGACCAUGGCCCACGGCCUCAAACAUCCCAUAAUAAAGUCAGUGCCAGGA